AUGUUGGUCAAGCUGUCUCUUCUCCCUCUGCUGUCCGCCGCUGUUUCGGCGUCUCCUCUUCUGGAUGCCAGGGCCCCGGUGGCCGCACUUGACGAGAGAGCUGUGACGGUGUCUGCCGCCGAUCUGUCCAACUUCGAGUACUAUGUGCAGAUGGUGGCAGCAACCUCCUGCAACAGCGAGGCUGCUGUCGGUGCCUCCAUCACCUGCAGUGCGGACUCCUGCCCCGAUGUCGAGGCCAACGGCGCUAAGAUCGUCGGCACUUUCUCAGUUAGCGGCCUUGUGUCUGGCCUCCAAGGCUACGUUGCCACAGACCCUGUGAAGAAGAACAUCGUCAUUGCCAUCCGUGGCUCCAACAACGUCCGCAACUGGAUCACUAACAUCCUCUUCGCCUUCGACGACUGCGACUUUGUCGACGACUGCAAGGUCCAUACUGGCUUCGCCAACGCCUGGAACGAGGUCAAGAACUCCCUCUUGACCUAUGUCAAGUCGGCCAAGGCCGCCAACCCCAAUUACACCAUCAUCGCGACUGGACACUCCCUCGGUGGUGCUGUUGCCACCAUCGCCGCUGCUGACCUCCGCCGCGACGGUUACGCCGUCGACCUUUACACGUACGGCAGCCCCCGUGUUGGCAACGAUGCUUUUGUCAACUUCGUCACCGUCCAAGCCGGCGCCGAGUAUCGCAUCACCCACGUAGACGAUCCCGUUCCCCGUCUGCCUCCCAUCCUCUUUGGCUACCGUCAUACCAGUCCCGAGUACUGGCUGUCCACCGGUAGCGCCACCACCAUCGACUAUGAAAUCUCCGACAUCAAGGUCUGCGAGGGCGAUGCCAGCACAAAGUGCAACGGCGGCACCUUUGGACUCAACGUCGACGCCCACAAGUACUACUUCCGCAGAACCGGUGCCUGCAGCACGGACGGCUUCGAGUUCCGCCAGAGGGAGGAGGAGAUCUCGGAUGAGGACCUUGCCGCCCGUCUCACGGCCUGGGCCGAACAGGACAUUGAGAUCUCCAAAAGUCUGGGACAGGCUUAG